AUGUUGCAGCCACGGCUAUGGCAACAGCAGCCCUGGAGGCAAGCUCAAUGCCUGUUCCGCUCUUCGACCAGCGCCUUCGCCCGCCGCUCGUAUGCCACCGCCGUAGAGACUCCCAAAGUAGCGACGACAAACCGUGAGACGACGACGGAUGCCAUUGCCUUCAACCCUCCCACCGCUGCCCCAAGCCGAAGACGUGGUGGCUUCGAACUCCGCACAUACAAGCCUCGCACUCCUGGUACAAGACAUUUGCGCCGUCCCAUCAACGACCAUCUGUGGAAGGGAAAGCCUAUUGCCAAGCUCACUUUCGCCAAAGUCGGUCACGGAAAGGGAGGACGUAACUGCACAGGUCGCGUGACCGUGCGACACCGUGGUGGUGGUCACAGAAGACGUAUCCGUACUGUCGACUUCAAGCGCAUGGAGCCUGGAAAGCACACUGUCGAACGCAUCGAGUACGACCCCAAUCGCAGUACCCAUCUGGCCCUCCUCACGAGGCAGAAGACUGGAGAGAAGAGCUAUGUCUUGGCUGCUGAUGGCAUGCGUGCCGGCGACGUCAUCGAGAGUUACCGUGCUGGUAUUCCUGGUGAGCUCUUGAAGAGCAUGGGUGGUGUCAUGGAUCCCGGUAUGCUUGCCGCAAAGACUGCCUUCCGUGGUAACUGCUUGCCCGUGCGCAUGAUCCCUCUCGGAACCCAGGUCUACGCCGUUGGAUCCACUACAGGCAAGGGCGCCGUCUUCUGCCGCAGUGCUGGUACAUUCGCAACUGUCGUCUCGAAGGAGGAAGUUGGCAAGAAAGUCAAGGAGGUCACACUUCGUCUGCAAAGUGGUGAAGUCAGAAGAGUCAGCCCUGAUGCUUGCGCCACCAUUGGUGUUGCCAGCAACCCUCAUCAUCAUUUCAGAAUGCUGGGUAAGGCCGGUCGUAGCAGAUGGCUCAAUAUCCGUCCUACCGUCCGUGGUCUUGCUAUGAACGCCUCCGACCAUCCUCACGGUGGUGGUAGAGGUAAAUCGAAGGGUAACGUCCACCCUGUCUCCAUCUGGGGACAACCAGCCAAGAGUGGUUACAAGACUCGUGCGAAGCGCAAUCCCAACAAGCACGUUGUCCAAGAGCGUGUCCGCAACCAGGGCAAGAGAAGGACAAGCAAGAACUAA